AUGCUAGAGUAUUUGAACCUUGGUUACAAUCAAAUUCUCGAUGGGUUCCCUUUAUGGCUAUCGAAAUUGACAGAGCUGAAAGCUAUUAUCUUGAAAUCCAACAAGUUCCAUGGUCCAAUAGAAGUAUAUCGAAGCCAGUUUAAUUUAAGCAAUUUGCAUAUCAUGGACCUUUCCAACAAUAGUUUCAACGGUGAAAUUCCUUCCAAGUUGUUGCAGAGUUUACAUGCCAUGAAAGUAAUUGUUGGUCAAGAUCGAUUGGAAUAUAUGGAUAUUUGGCAAGAUUCCACCUGGGUGGAAGCUGUGACUUAUGGAAUGAAACUGAUGAAUAAAGGCAUAGAAAGGGAAUACUUGAAGGUUCCAUAUGCCCUUAUGGAAAUUGACCUCGCCAAUAACAAAUUGGAAGGAUGCAUACCCGAUCUCAUUGGAGAUUUGAAGUCACUUCUCAUGCUUAACCUUUCAAACAACAUUCUCACCUGCUCCAUCCCACCUUCCUUAGCAAACCUGACAAUACUGGAGUCUCUAGAUCUUUCUCGAAAUAAGCUCUCAGGAGAGAUACCUCAACAACUAGCCCAACUUACGUUUCUUUCAUCUUUUGAUGUCUCUCACAAUAGACUCUCUGGCCCAAUACCGAGAGGAAGGCAGUUUGACACAUUCGGGACUGGUUCAUUUGCCAUGAAUAAGGGGUUGUGUGGAAGCCCUUUACCAAAAAAUUGCACAAAGGUUGGGGAAAACUUAUCAUUACCACCAUCAUUGCUCGAGGAAGACAAUGGCGAAGAGUCUCCGUUCAACUUGGAUUGCAAAGGUGUGCUGAUUGGCAUUGGAGUCGGGUUUUUGAUUGGUGUUGUGUUAGGGAACUUGAUCAUUGACAAGAAGACUAGGUGGUUCUUGCACUACUCCAAGAGAAUGGCAAACUUAUGGAAAAUAUUGGGAAGGCAUUGA